CCGGGCGCCCUGCACAGAUGCGCUCUGUCUCGCCGUUCUGUAGCUGUACUCUGUCGUAAACGGGAGUUGUACAGUUCUCUGCUGCAGCAGUCAGUCCAGGCUUGCAUCCAACCGGCUACAGCGGCACUACGCUCGCUCAGACCAACCAAACAACUGAUACCGCGCCACUUGGAGUUUGGAACUGUAUGUCACGAGUCGCAUCCUGGCGUCUUCCAUUUCCCGCGUGAAGGAAUCACGAAUACACUUAGCUGAAACCAGGGGGAAAUAAAAUAACGCACCCGAGGAGGAACGUUUGAUUAGAUUUGUUGUCAAAACAGUGAAAUACAGGAAAGUCCGAUACGGAGCGCAACGAAUUUUGUCUUUGAGCAUCGCUCUAGAAAUGCGUUCGCUGCAGGUAAAUGUCGUCUUGAUGUUUGUUUUUGCCGCGGUGUGAACUUCACCAACCUUCCUAAGCUCUCCGCCGGAUCAUGCGAUGGAUCUCCUCCAGUAGCCUACAUCUGUCUGUCAGCUCUCUCCAGCGGGGACUGGAUGUGAGGAGGGUCCGAGGAGAGGAGAGACACCCACGACUCCACUUGGGAUCUAAAGGCGCUGUGUGACCAGGUUUCUUCUCUUGGAUAGUCUCCUGCUCGGCGCGGUGCUGGGCAGCCUGUGGAUGGUACAGAAAUGACUCUAGGAGAAAAACUCUGCUUCGUUUUCCUAUUUUUUCGGAUUUUCUUCACUCCUACCAGCCACGGCAAUCAAGUGGUACUGCUGGACACCACCUCUGUUUUGGGAGAGCUGGGAUGGAAUACCUAUCCCAUGAAUGGGUGGGAUGCUAUAACAGAGAUGGAUGAACACAACCGUCCCAUCCAUACCUUCCAGGUGUGUCACGUGAUGGAACCCAACCAGAACAACUGGCUACGCUCCAAUUGGAUCUUCCGCCAGGCAGCACAGAAGGUGUACGUGGAGCUGCGGUUCACUCUGAGAGACUGUAACUCCAUCCCCUGGGUAUCUGGGACCUGCAAGGAGACCUUCAACCUUUUCUACUAUGAGACAGACGAGUCCCACGGGGUCAAGUUCAAACCUGCCCAGUACACCAAGAUCGACACCAUUGCAGCCGACGAGAGCUUCACCCAGAUGGACCUGGGAGACCGCAUUCUGAAGCUCAACACUGAGGUUCGGGAAGUGGGUCCUAUCUCCAGGAAGGGUUUCUACCUGGCGUUCCAGGAUAUUGGGGCGUGCAUCGCCCUGGUCUCAGUCAGGGUGUACUAUAAGAAGUGUCCCUUCACCCUGAGGAACCUGGCCUCCUUCCCUGACACCGUGCCCCGGGUCGACUCCUCCUCCCUGGUGGAGGUCAGGGGAGUGUGUGUGGAGCAUGCCGAGGAGAGGGACACUCCCAAACUGUACUGCGGCGCCGACGGUGACUGGCUGGUGCCUUUGGGGAAGUGUGUCUGUAGCCUGGGCUAUGAAGAGAUGGACGGGGCAUGUCUCGCGUGUCGACCAGGCUUCUACAAGGCGUUUGCGGGGAACAUCAAGUGUUCCAAGUGUCCCCCUCACAGUUUCAGCUAUGGAGAGGGGGCUGCUGUCUGCCACUGUGAGAAGGCUUUCUACAGAGCUGAGAGAGACCCACCCACUAUGGCCUGCACACGUCCCCCCUCCCCUCCUCGUAACGUGGUCUUCAACCUUAAUGACACCUGUCUACUGUUAGAGUGGUCUCCACCCAGUGACAUGGGUGGUCGCAGGGACCUGACCUAUAACGUGCUGUGUAAACGCUGUGGCCCAGAGCCCGACCAAUGCCAGCUGUGUGGGGAGGAGCUUCGCUUCGUGCCCCGCCCCCAGGGCCUGACCAACGCCAUGGUAACAGUGAUGGACUUCUCGGCUCACGCCAACUACACCUUCGAGAUCGAGUCGCUGAACGGAGUGUCUGAGAUGAGCCACUUCCCGAGACCUGUGGCCGCCAUCACUGUCUCCACCGACCAGGGCGGUCCCUUUAUGGUGGGCGUGCUGAAGAAGGACUGGGCAUCUCAGAACAGCAUUGCCCUGUCGUGGCUGGAGCCAGAACAGACCUCCCUCCUGGUGGUCGACUAUGAGGUCAAGUACUACGAGAAGGAACAUGAGGAGUUGAGCUACUCGUCGACGCGGACCAAAGCCCCCAGUGUGGUCAUCACAGGGUUAAAGCCCUCCACCUGCUACGUCUUCAGCCUGAGAACACGCACCUCCUCUGGACACAGCGCCUACAGCCCCAAAUGCGAGUAUGAGACCACGGACGACACGUCGGACAUGGCUUCAGACCAGGGACAAGUGUUGGUGAUCGUCACGGCAGCUGUGGGCGGCUUCACUCUCCUCAUCAUCCUCACCCUCUUCUUCCUCAUCACCGGACGGUGUCAGUGGUACAUCAAAUCCAAGAUGAGCUCAGAGGAGAAGAGGAGGACCAACUAUCAGAGUGGACAUGCUCUCCCGUUCCCGGGAGUAAAGGCCUAUGUAGAUCCAGACACCUAUGAGGAUCCUACCCAGGCUGUCCAUGAGUUUGCCAAAGAGAUUGACCCGACCCGGAUCCGUAUAGAAAGAGUUAUUGGAGCAGGUGAGUUCGGGGAGGUGUGUAGCGGUCGUCUGCGGAUACCGGGGAAGAGGGAGAUUGCCGUGGCGAUAAAGACACUGAAGGGCGGCUACGUGGAGCGCCAGAGGCGGGACUUCCUCCGAGAGGCCAGCAUCAUGGGACAGUUUGACCACCCAAACAUCAUCAGGCUGGAGGGCGUGGUCACCAAAAGCAGACCUGUGAUGAUUGUGGUGGAGUACAUGGAGAAUGGAUCUCUGGACUCUUUCCUGAGGACACAUGAUGGCCAGUUUACAGUGAUCCAGUUGGUGGGCAUGCUGCGUGGCAUUGCGUCGGGCAUGAAGUACCUGUCUGACAUGGGCUACGUCCACAGAGACCUGGCCGCCCGCAACAUUCUGGUCAACAGCAACCUGGUGUGUAAGGUGUCUGACUUCGGCCUGUCCAGAGUCCUGGAGGACGACCCAGAGGCUGCUUACACCACCACGGGAGGUAAGAUCCCUAUCAGGUGGACAGCUCCAGAGGCCAUCUCCUACAGGAAGUUCUCAUCAGCCAGCGAUGCCUGGAGCUACGGAAUCGUCAUGUGGGAAGUGAUGUCAUACGGGGAGCGGCCUUACUGGGAGAUGUCCAAUCAGGACGUGAUCCUGUCCAUAGAGGAGGGCUACCGUCUCCCUGCUCCUAUGGGCUGCCCCGUGGUUCUACACCAGCUGAUGCUACACUGCUGGCAGAAGGAGAGGAGCCAGAGGCCCAAGUUCACUGAUGUGGUCUCCUUCCUGGAUAAGCUGAUCAGGAACCCCAGCAGCCUGCUGGCCCUGGUGGAAGAUAUACAGGGUCUAGCAGAGUCCCCAGGAGAGGUGGUGGACUACCCCAUGUUCAUCUCCAUCGGGGAUUGGCUGGAUUCCAUCAAGAUGAGCCAAUACAAGAGCAGCUUUGUGGCAGCAGGAUUCAGCACACUGGACUCUGUGGCCCAGAUGAGCAUUGAAGACGUGCGGAGGACCGGGGUGGUGUUGAUUGGCCACCAGAGGAGGAUCGUCAGCAGCAUACAGACCCUCCGACUGCAGCUACUACACCAACAGGAGAAGGGCUUCCAUGUAUGAGACCUUAGAACAGACAGACGGACAGACAGCCACAGCCUGUGCCUCAGUCUUCACCCCUCAGACAGACAGACAGACAGACAGACCGUCUCAGCCUGGAGGCCUCUCUCAGACAGACUACCACACAUUUGGACCUCAAUGCAGAACCUCAAUAAAGCCAGACUGUUUUGUACACCUGAACCUGCUUCAGCCAGAGACAGAACAGCAGAGACAGGACUCUGAGAGACACACUGCCCCUGGCUCCCCCUGGGGAAUGUAUGCCUUGUUGCAGCAUCACUACUUAUUAUACAGUAGAACUGUAGACUGGGGAGUGUAUGCCUUGUUGCAGCAUCACUACUUAUUAUACAGUAGUGCUGUAGACUUGGGAAUGUACAUUUUCUCUCCAUGUUUUUGUGACCAUGAUGUAGCUGCUAACAGAUGAGCAAUCAAAAGGAUUGUCCUUAAAUAAUAUGAUGUGAAUUAUUUUGGAGUUUGAUAAGUAAGCGUCAUCAUAAGGUAUUCUUGUUACAUUAUUUAACCUCUCCAGAGUAUCUGGGUAUGCUAAUACUUGAAGAAAACGAAGAGACAGUUUUUGAAGUGCAGAGGAUUUCUGAAUGUUUUAAGUGUAUAGACAAUUUAUCGAUUAUAAUCCUAAAGUAAUAUUUAUAUAUGUGCAGUCCUGUAUGUGAGCGCCCUAGUAAAUCUGGAUGUUAUCUCUUUAUUUACCAUUUAUCCAAAUCAGCAAUAUAUGCAGUCGUCUCAGUAACUAAGAUAAGAGAUAAAUAAAUAAAUGAUACUCUCUUAUGGACCUACAGACAUUGAGAGCAGAUUGUCAGCAAACCUCAACAGACUGUGUAACAUGUUAACAUGCCAACUACACAGGGCGGUCUGGCAAUACUAAAGACUUAUGGAAGUUGUUGGAAAACAAUGUACAGUAUGUAGUAUGAGGGGGACUCAAGGCUGUUGGGCAUACAGUAGUUGGUUUCAUUAUGUGUUUUUUGUGGUCAAGACUCACGUGUAUUCCAAGAUAGAGAGAGACAGAGGUAUAUUCUGCAGGUUGACAGACACAUAGAGACAGCAACACCAGAGUAAUAUCUCUUUGUCUCUAGAAGGCCCUCAACAGCAUUAUAAUAACCCAUGAGCCUCUCCAGAUCCACACUAACGCAGGUGGUUCGGUGAACCACAAAAAACACAUGCCUGAAACUUGAAGACUUGCGUUAGCUAAUGCUUCGGCUUUAACUUGGCAGGCUAACAUAGUCUUGUGGAGCACAGACGACCCAGGUUCAAACCCAGUCGGUCACACACACCUACAAUAUGUUCUGGAUGUUCAGUAUGUUCUGGAGCAGGAGUGUACCUGAGGAGCCUGUACGGCAGUGGAGGCUGGUGGGAGGAGCUAUAGGAGGACGGGCUCACUGGAAUGGAAUCAAUGGAGCGGUAUAAAACAUACUUGGAACCACAUUUUACUCCAUUCCAACCAUUACAAUGAGCCAGUCCUCCUAUAACUCCUCCAACCAGCCUUCACUGCUGUACAGAGUAGGAGGAAUUUGCCCCCAGACACUGAUCUAACAUCAGUUGAAUAUUUUACCCCCUAAUGGUUGAGGUAAUAAUUGAGGUACGCUAAGCUGAUCCUAGAUCUGUGGAUCAGGAACAACUUCUAAAUGGAGCUCACCUGUCCAGCAGCUGUUCACAGACAGAGCGUUCAGGUGUCCCUCAGAGGGGAGGACACACACACAAACACACACACUUCCCUCCUCCUGGAAGGAGAGAUUAGAUCAGGCUGUUUAGCAUGUCUUACUGCUGAGCAACGGGAGAAUGCUCUUUUGUACAAAGUACAAGUAUACUUAUAAUUCUUGUAUUUUAUUUUUCUAUCAUUUCCAGAGAGACGUGGUAGAUCUUGCACACUGUAAGACGCAGUUUAAAGGGGAUAUUUAUUUGCAAAUAAAGAACAGUUCUGGUGGU